UGUGGCGGCGCGGCCAUGGCGCACGGGCACGGGCCCGGCCGGUGCCGCUGCUGCGGGGAGGAGGCGGCGGAGCGCGGCGCGGCCUGGGGGCUCUACCUGCGCAUCGACCGGCAGCGCCUGCAGUGCCUCAACGAGCGCCGCGAGGGCUCCGGAGCCACCGUGUUCCGGCCCUGGGAGGAGCGCGGGGACCGAUCGCAGUUCGUGGAAAGCGACGAUGAUGAGGAGCUGCUCUUCAACAUCCCGUUCACAGGCAGUGUGAAGUUGAAAGGCAUCAUUGUGAUGGGCGAGGACGAUGGGACACACCCGGCUGAGAUGAGGCUGUUCAGGAACAUUCCUCACAUGUCCUUUGAUGACACAGCCAAGGAGCCAGAGCAGACCUUCAGCCUGAGCCGGGAUCCCCUGGGAGAGCUGGAAUAUCCCACCAAAAUCGCCCGUUUCUCCAACGUUUACCACCUCUCCAUGCACUUCCCAAAGAACUUCGGAGCUGAGACAACCAAGAUUUUUUAUAUCGGCCUGAAGGGGGAGUGGACGGAGGCUCAUCGCCACGAAGUCACCAUCUGCAACUACGAAGCCUCGGCGAACCCCGCCGACCACAAGCUGGAACAGAUCACCCCCCAGACUCACUUCAUCUCCUAACGGGGCACGACCGGAGCACCGGGGCUGUGGGACGGACACGGCGCGGUCGCUGCGAGGCAUCCCGGGGGCGGCGGGGCCGCUCUGGAGGCUGCACCGAGCCGUGUGCGGGGCCGGUACCGGCUGUGACUGACAAUAAACACGCUGCGGUGCAGAGCUGUGCGCUGUCCGUC